GUCUUUCUACCUCGCUUCGCCGCGCGCUUUUUGAGGCGGCUGCGCCGGAGUCGCGGCGGCCUUUUGUACCGGCCGGCCCGGCGGAAGGGGCCUGGGCGGCGCUUGGGAAUGGGGUGCCGCAGCUGUUGCUCUUGCUUCAUCGCGGGACGUCCGUUCUGGCAAGGCCGCGAUGAUUUUGUCCGCAGCCGCUUAAUGGCCGGGUAAAAAGAGACGAACCGUCUGCGGCUGGCCGUGCAAGAGAACAGCCCGCGCCUUCCUCAGCCGCGGCGCCUUCCGCGGCUGCGGCUGCGGUUGCAAUGAGCGAGCGGUCGCGUCUUCAUCCGGAGAAGCGGGGAAGGCGCAGCCCAUCCUCGACCUUCGGCCGCCGCCGGCGCCUCCUCCUCCUCCUCCUCGCCGCGCUAAGCUCACUGUAGACAGCGGCCGGCGAUGUGGAGCUCCGGGGCCGCCGCGUUGCAGCUGCUCUCGCGGGCGACCAAGCACGCCUUCGCUCAGGGAGCCCGACAAGACCUGAACCGCUGGAUACCGCCUCUGGGAGCCGCGGGCGAACCGACGGAAGCGGCGAGCAGAGGGGCGGCCGGCGAGCCGCUGCUGUAUGGGGAGCAGAACGGGCUGUAUCACUGCCCUCCGCCUCAUCCUUCUCAGGAACCGUCGGUGGAGCUCCUGCUCUGCCAGCUACCCGAAGCGGGACACGGUUUGGGGGAGAGCAGGACGUGGCACUGCUCGGGAUGCCUGCUGGGCACCUGCUGGUGCAAGAGUUGCCUGAGCGUGUGUUUUCUGGCGAUGUUGUGCUUCGCCUCGCUCGCCUUGGUGCGCCAGUACCUGCGGGACCUGAUGCUCUGGGCGGAGAGCUUGGACAGCCUGGCCGGCGUGCUUCUCUUCACCGUGGGCUUCAUCGUGGUGUCCUUCCCUUGCGGCUGGGGAUACAUCUUACUCAACGUGGCCGCCGGCUAUCUCUACGGCUUCGUGCUGGGCAUGGGUCUCAUGGUUCUGGGUGUCGUGAUCGGCACCUUCAUCUCCCACGUGGUCUGCAAGAAACUCCUGGCCCGAUGGGUGCUGGCCAGGAUCCAGGGCAGCGAGAAGCUCAGCGCCGUCAUCCGUGUGGUGGAAGGAGGAAGUGGCCUCAAGGUGGUGGCCUUGGCUAGACUUACACCGAUACCCUUUGGACUUCAAAAUGCAGUCUUCUCUAUCACAGAUCUUUCACUACCAAACUACCUGAUGGCUUCUUCCAUUGGAUUACUUCCAACUCAACUUUUAAACUCCUACCUGGGAACUACCUUGCGCACUAUGGAAGAUGUUAUUGCAGAACAAAGUUUUAGUGGUUAUUUCAUUUUUAGUUUACAGAUUGUAAUAAGUAUAGGCCUCAUGUUCUACGUUGUCCAUCGAGCUCAAAUGGAAUUGAAUGCAGCCAUAGUUGCAUGUGAAAUUGAAAUGAAGACAUCGCUUGUGAAAAGCUGUCAGACCAGCAGUAACAAUUCAACAUCUUGCAACAAGAGGACACUUGCAUUUUCUGGAGGAGGAAUCAACAUUGUGUGACUUCCUCUCAUUUUCUGCAGUAUUAUCUUUGGUGUGUGAAACUGGGUCAUUUAAUAAGUUACUUACGACAGCUGGACUUUUCAGCAAAACUUAAAAUCCAAGUGGCUGGAAGAUGUACUGUGAUAAGAAGUACGUGGCAGUUUUUAUACAGUAAACUGGCUAAUUUCUUGUAGGGUUCAAUAGUAACUGUAAACAUAGAUGCAAAUCUGGCUGCACUUUUGUCUUUAUUAUCAUGACUUAUAGUCUGCACUUUAGACUUUGUUUGCUGUUUGCUUUUAUAAACUGAAGAAUACCCUGAAAUAAUUUUCUUUCUGCUUAGAAUUAUUUAUAAGACUAAUAAAUAGUAGAUCUUUAAUACUUAUAAAAAUGUAAAGUAUGCAACUUCAUGUGCAGAACUCUUAAAUAUGUGUGUUUUUGAAACUCAGUGAAACCUUGAUCUAACAGUGCAGUUUGCAGAGUGGACUUUGCUCCUCCUGAAUGUCUAUGAAACUUCUAAUUACGUAAUUCCUGGUGAUUUAGCUAUCUGAGCAAAUAAUGUACGCUGCCACAAAUGUUGUUAUACUUGUUAAAAAUUACAGCCCUCUUUUAGAUUAUCUUGGAUAGAAAACUCCAUUAAUUGAAAGAAAAUCUAGAGGGAAAUUGACUCACU